AUGAGGGUGGGGCUACUUAUCUGGGCCGUUCUUCCUGUCCUCGCCACUCCGGACAACGCUGCCAGACCGGCAUUGCAAGUCAGGCAUGAAGGCGAAGACGGCGAUGUACCCAUGGACAUGGGGGACGCCGUUGAGUCGACGCAGACUCGACACAUUCCGACUCCCGUGGCCUCUGCGCUUGGCUCGGCCACUAGCACUGUCCAUUCAGCCGCGACUUCCUCAUCCCAUGCUGCUGCUGGGCAUUCUCAUGGCGCGUCUCACGAUCCUCCUUCAGCUCCCCAUUCGCACGGGGGCAACCAAGAGGCCCUGACGGUGCUCAACGACACCGACAUCCAUCGACGGCACAAAUUUCCGCCGACCUAUCUUGAUGCAGAUUUCCAACUCGACGCCAGCUCAGCCAUCUUUGGUGAGCAAUUUGACGAUGCAUGGAACCUUGAGGAUAUAGAAAGUCACAAAAUACUUGCUUUGUCGCAUGCUUUCUUGAUGGGUUUGGCGUACUUUGGUCUACUUCCUAUAUCGCUCGCACUCAGAUCAGCUGAUCACCCGGCUCACUACCUCGCAAACCUGGUGUUUCUUGCCGUGGCCAUUGUCGGCUGGCUUGUCGGUGCUGCCUACAGUACGACCACGCCCGAUUACUACGAGGGCUCAAAGUAUCCACUGUUCCUCAGCAUCCUCGUUCUCACUUCCAUCUCUCUCGCUGUUGUCGACUCCCUCGGCCUCAUCAAGAGGGGCAUGGCUUUUCACAGGCGCGGCGAGCUCUCGUGGAAGGGUUUCGUCCAUGACGUCCUACGGUCAGCAUCCGUGCCAGAUGAUGAGAAAUGGUCAGCCAGUCGCUACGAAAUGGUCGGCCUCACCGAAAAUUCGAGCGAUGAGGAAGUCCACCGAGGCAGACCCAGCAGCGUUGUCUUCACCAUCGAUGACGAUGACGAUGAGGAGCCGCUACAGACUACAGAGCUGGAACCUCUCCAAGAUGCCCACGAAGUCACGCAAAGUGACAUCCAGGGCACUAGACCCCACCGCCCAACAGUCUUCAUUCGCCAAUACAGCUCGCCUUCACGUACUUCUACCGGGUCAGACUACACUCUCCAAGACACCCUUCACUCGUCUCACCCUACUGGACCCCAUAAGGCAUCUCAAUUAGGUGCCUAUGACGCCCACCCUCACCAUCUCGAGGCUAUAAGCGAAGCCGAGCGAGAGAGAGACGAGCAGCACAACAACAGGAUAUGGCAGAGUAGCAAGGCAAAUGGGUGUCUUAGGGCUCUGGAGGUCGUCCUGACUUGGGUCAGGAGGGCGCAGGUUGUAUUCGCGUAUGUGGUUAUGAUCAUGGGUAUUGUCACCUACACUGGUAUGUGCCGAGCCAACCUCGUCAACUCGUGCGCCGCCCACUACAUUAAAGGCAGUAUUUUCUUCUGGUAUGGCUUCCUCACUUUCGCCCGCUAUCUCGGUGCCUACGCCGACCUUGGGUGGGCCUGGAACCGCCGCCCAAGUGCUCACAGCAUCUCCGCCGAGAUGGUCGAAUGUGCCGUCAUUUUCACCUACGGUAUCACCAACACCUGGAUGGAGCGUUUCGGCGCUGCGCCCGGCAGUCCUUUUACCGUCAAACAGGUGCAGCACAUCUCGAUUGCGGUCAUGUUCUGGUUUGCCGGUUUAUCGGGGAUGCUGCUCGAGAGCAAGUGGGUGAGAAGGGUUUUGGGAAGCCUCAUGUCGACGGGGAGGAGGAGCUCGACGAAGGAACCCGACACUUAUGCGUUCAGCUUUAAUCCUCUCCCCGCGUUGACUAUCGGUGUUACGGGCCUUGCUAUGGCCGCCCACCACCAGACUUAUGUCUUCCAAGUUCAAAUCCACUCCCUCUGGGGUAUCCUUCUCUUUGGCGGCUCGGUCUUCCGCUGCCUCACCUAUUUCUUCCUUUUCCUCUCCCCCCCGAGCCAAUCAACCCUCCCUUCCCGCCCUCCGACUGAAAUCCUCACUUCCUUCGGUUGGGCUGCUGGUGGAAUUGUGUUCAUGCUUUCCAAUGAAGAGAUUGCAUGGGCGGCGAUGAGGGCGGGUUGGGAUGAUAGGAUGGCGUUUUUGAACUUCACCAUUGCACUGACAUGCCUGGUGUUCUGCUGGGGGGUGGUGGUCAUGGCGGUAAAAGGGUGGGCGGUCCUCAGGAGCAGGAAAGAAGAGGAGAGGAGGGGCGGAGUUGAAGUAUAG